AAACUGCAUCGUUCAGGGGAGAAAAGCGGUUGGUUCUCCUGCGACUUGUUCGCGGACCAAGUCGGAUGGUAUCCGCCACGCAGACAAUCUAGAUUGCGCCCAUCCUUUUGGCACGAUCGGCCCAAGAAAAGAAAAGGUGGCGCGCCAGACUUGUCCGCCAAUUCGAGCAAGGCGGAAGGCCAGAUAAGGCCAACUAGCAUUGAACGAGCGUCAUUCCCGUGUCAGGCAGCUCCAAGCCGUCUAUCUCGACUUUAGCACAGUCCGGUUUCAUCCCGCUCCUCCGCUCUCCUGUGCUGCUUUGCUCUGUUUCCUCCCUCCAAACAACGAGCUGCUUCACGCUGCCUGGAGCGUGCCUUUGUCGCACGUUCAGUGUGCCUCCCUCCAGCGUGUCUUGCGUUCUCGUUUCUUUCUAUCCAGGAAUCUUGACAACAUCUCUCUUGACGUUCGUACAGAAAUGUGGUCGCUAUCGUAUUCACACUCCAACCGCGAUACAUGCAUCAUAGCUGCCGAACGCCGAUGAAAUUCUGAAUGCCUGUAACCGGUCACCAUGACUCUACCGCUGAAGGAAGAGAGUUGGAUAUGGUACGCACUAGCUGUAUUUAUGGUUGCAUGUCGAGUGAUAUCGAGGACGAUACUGUUGGGCAACAUCAAGCAUCUCAAGAUCGAUGACCGGCUAAUGGUGCUAAUUGUCGCACCUUACACCGUUCUACUUGCCGUGAUCAACAUCGUCGCGCACACGAGUUCGAACCUUUUGGAGCCGGGUACCGAUGUCAACGUAAUGAGCCAGGCUGAGCGGAACGAGCGAAUCUACGGAAGCAAACUCAUCCUCGUCGUGGAACAGAUGCAGAUUAUGACUAUAUGGCUGGUCAAAACGUGCUUGUUGAUCCUAUAUUACCGAUUGACCACCAACUUACCAGCGAAUCUCUUUGUGAAGAUUCUUGCUGUGUAUAUCGGCGUGUCAUUCUGUGUGAUGGAAAUUCUCUAUUUUGGGGUCUGGUGUCGCCCUUUCCACAACUACUGGGCCUUGCCAACUCCGAAUACGCAAUGCAACGCCGCGACGAACCAUCUCAUAACGAACGCAGUCUUUAACAUAAGCAGUGAUGUGAUCAUGUUGGUGAUAGGUUGCUCACUGUUUAUUCGAUCAAGCCUACCCCUGAGCCGCAAACUGAUUCUUUCCGGAAUCUUUGGCGUCGGAGUUUUCGUAAUCCUAGCGGCAGUCCUCAACAAGUAUUACUCAUUCACUCAUCCCUUCGGCAGCGAAUGGACAUAUUGGUAUGUCCGCGAGAGCAGCACUGCCAUCAUCGUUGCGAACCUACCUUUCCUCUGGGCUCUCCUACGGCGUAUGUUCAAGCUCGAUUCUUUCAGUGGAGAGCACUAUGGAGAUCACUCCGUUCCCUAUCAUUCCUCUCGAAGUGCUCGUGGCAGACACGCAAAGUCACCAAGGAACAGCCAUUCUCACAAAGACAAUCUAAGCGCGUUGAAUGGCAAUAUCAUCAAGCACGGUAGUCCUCACUCGAGUCUGGACAUGAAGCAGAUUCCAAUUAGCGAAUUCAUCACAAACAAUUCCCAGCCUCACGUCACUCCCUUACCAAAGCCUGUACAUCAACCCAGUUGGCGUGAUCAAGGUGUUUUUGGUAGAGGCGACCAAGAAUUGAUGGCAGAUAUUGAGCCAUGGGAUUUCGCUGCUAAAACAGACAGCGUCAUUCCAAGCCCUACAUCGUCACGCAGAGCCAGUGUUCCUGUUGUCCGCUCAAAUAGAUUCAGUCAAUCGUCGGGAGCCUCGAGUCCAAACCGCGAAGGUGCGCGCAGCCCAGGGCUGAGACGACUUCGGGACGAAGAGGCGCAGUACAAGAUUCAAGAGGAUGUCGGUCAGCGUUUCCAUUUCUACGAGGGACCGCCGGAAUCUGAACCUGAGGAAGCAGAGACAUUGACAAGUCGAAAUUCAUCAGACUUCGAAGGUCAAGACCUCGAGUUUGAGACCUCCGCAUUGGAUCCUCAAAUUCGGCCCAUCGAAUUAAAGAGACAGAAGUCAGGAACGUCGGAACGAAGGAGAUCGCUGAUGAAUAAAGUAGCACCGCAACUCUGGGGCGCCGUUUAAAGGACAGGAAUCCUUGGAAAGGCGCCUCUACUCUGUAUUUGAGCGAACGAGUUUCUUUUUAUUUUUUAUUUUGUAAUUUUAGAGAUACCCACUAACACUAUAAUCGAUUUGGUGCGAGCCAACAGAAAGAAAAAUG